AUGAUAAAUAGAAAAAGUGAAGGUGUAAACUUUACACCAAGAGCAAUAGCCAAUAGACCUAUAAGUAGUAAUAGAAGAAGAGGAAGAAACGAAAUAACAGAUGAACAAAAAAAUGAAAUAAAGGAAGCUUUUGAUUUAUUCGAUACAGAAAAAACAGGAAAAAUAGAUUAUCAUGAACUUAAAGUUGCUAUAAGAGCUCUUGGUUUUGAUGUAAAAAAAGCUGAUGUUAUAGAAUUAAUGAGAGAAUAUGAUAAAUCAAAUUCUGGACACAUAGAUUAUAAUGAUUUUUUAGAUAUUAUGACCCAAAAAAUUAGUGAAAGAGAUCCAACAGAAGAAAUAAUAAAAGCUUUUAAAUUAUUUGAUGAUGAUGAUACAGGAAAAAUUUCCUUAAAAAAUUUAAGAAGGGUUUCUAGAGAAUUAGGGGAGAAUUUAUCUGAUGAUGAAUUGCAGGCUAUGAUUGAUGAAUUUGAUAAAGAUAUGGAUGGAGAAAUUAGUCAAGAAGAAUUUUUGAGCAUAAUGAAACAAACAAGCCUUUAUUAA